AUGGCCACCGCACAACUUCCCCCGCCAGACGCGACACAACUUCUGGCGCCAUUCCUUCCUGCUCUCCCACCGUCCACCAUUUCUACCGAGCCUGCUAUUGGCAUCCUGCCCCUCCUCUCCCCCAUACUACGUCAGCGAGUCAAGCUCUUGUCACCUACCAGCUCUGAGCCAUGGAUUCGAUUGCUGUGCUACGACAAAGAAAAAAUAUCAGAACUUGUACAGAUUGCGCAAGGUGGCAGCUUUGAGCCACACCCCGUGUCCGGCGAGGUUGAGGUUGACUGGGAGUACGAUGCUGAGACACGAUUUCGAAGGGUUGACGAAGAGACUCUUCACGCUCUUGUUGCGCUUUCUACCCUUGGCCUGGCAUUCCAGCUAGUAUACUGUGUUGGAGAUGUCGAAGGUGGUGGCGAUGGCUGGAGAGUAGGCGAGGUUACCGUUAUGGACAAGCCAUCGCCUUUCUUGCAGUUUGGGGGCGUGUCUAGUAUUGCGGAGGCUGAGCGACAGUUUGCCGAGACACAGGCCAAGAAGGUCACCAGCAUCGCCAAAGAUACAAACGGUCCUAGCCAGAGCUUACAUGUCCCGGAUGGUGGCCACGAAGACGAAGAUGAAGAUGAUGAUUACUGGGCACGAUAUGAUGCGACGCCAGCUCGUACACCUGCACAAAAGUCGCCCGCACCUCCUUCCAAGGCCAGUUCUCAUAUGGGCGGCGUUCGGGCAGCUUCAGCAGAGGAUGCAUACUUUGCUCAAUACGAUAGUGUACAGCCUGCUAUGGACAACCAUGACCCUGAUGAGGAGGAGGUUGCUGCGCAGGUUGCUCCACCACUCGGGCUUGGACGAGGUUACGAUUCUGCCGAAGCUUCAGAACGCAAUGAAACUCAGGGUUCAUGGACUCUGGCCGAAGCUGAUCACCUGGGAUCAGGUUCCGCACAAAACGGAAAUGAUCCCGAGCGUCAUGCUGCUCUACUGCAUCCUCGUCCCGCUUCGAGUGCGAGCUCCAACGGCUCAGAAACGGUCGCCAAACUUGAGGCUUCUGCUGGCAAACAGACACAAAAUGAAUUUGGCGUGAAGCAACACGUCUCACGCAGCAUUCGAAGUCUGUUUUUGCUUUCACGAGCGUCAGGUAUCGAUCGCCACGAGUUUGAGAACCUUGUUAGAGCUGAGCUCGAUAUUCUCGGCAUGGUUGAGGAUCAGGAACAAGUGUAA